AACGAGCUUUUUAUUAUUAUAUCAAUGCGCGAACAAAUUUAAAAAGAAUUGUAAUAGGAAAAUUUUGUAAAAUGGUUGACUAUCCCGAUAUUAUAAAUUUUUCCCGAGACGAACUACUCGAGGAGUAUUGCAAAUUAUUUGAUAGAUUUCAAGAAUUACGUGAAUCAAAUGAGGUAGACACACAAAAAAUUCAUGAGUUAAGGCGUUCACUAGAAACAGCCACAGCCGCCCAGGCUUACCUCUCGCAGGAACUCGAGCAGUACACCAAUUCUGAUAGCAAUGACUUGGAAAAUGAUUUGCACAAAACUCAAGCAGAUUUGGUUGAAAUGAAAAAGAAAUAUGGUAAACUGGAAGUGUCUUUCACUGCUCUGCAGCAGGACUACAAUACGUUGUUGGAAGAGAACACCAAAAUUGCACAAAAUCUGGAAGAGUCUCUUAAGCGCAGAGAACAACAGCCCAAGGAAGUUGAUACACAAAUAUCCGAUGAGUAUUUACAACGUAUACAAAUGCUGGAAAAUGAAAAUAUGGACUUGUUGCAAAAAAUUGAGGAUUUUGAGGAACGUUCAGUGCGUUACACUCUAACCAUAGCAGAGUGUGAGAAAAAUAUGGAGAUAUUACGUGAUCAGAUUAUGUGUUUGGAAGAAAAUCUACAAUCCAAGCGUAUUGAUUUGGAGGAAAAAUUACAAAUUCUUGAAAGUACCCAGGAACAACUGGCCGAAGCUAAUUCAAAAAUAGCAAUGCUUUCUGCUGCUCCGGAAAAUAAUGAUCGCAAAGGAAAUUCACUAUUCGCUGAAGUAGAUGAUCAACGUCAGGCAAUGAGGAAUCUGCUAACAGCACAAAAGAAAAGUUAUGUCCAAAUGAAAAAAAUCUACAACGAUAGUGAACAUGAAAUUCGGCGCUUAAAACGUGAAAAUAUUUCCAUGCAUACAGAGCUGGAGACGUGUAGUUCUAUAUUUUGUAAUGCAGAUAAAAUAUAUCAAGAAAAACUCAACGAACGAGUCCGCCAUUUGCUGAACCAAAAUGAGGAGCUCGAACGUAAACUGCAAUGGACUCAAGACCGGCUCAAGGAAGUAGCCAACGAUAAAGGCGUAUUAUUUCUUGAUUCCAUGCUUAGUUUCUGCAAAAAAGAAACGGAUGAUCUCAAGAGUCAGUUGCAUAGUGUACGCAUACAAAAGGCCAGUUUGGAGGAACAGCUACGAAAUGCUUUGCAAGAUAUGGCCAGAUGGCGCUUCGAGUCCCUAAAGUCACGGUGUAUUCUUAUGGAUCGUGAACAUCUUUUAAUUGAAAAUAAAAUAAGCUUUAAACCCAUACAAGCUAUUGAAUACAACAUUACAGAGAAAGAGCAAGAAGCGGCUAAGCCGCGUAUAGUCAGCAAUCGUAGAAGUAGUACAUUUGAAAAAAUUGUUGAGCGUAGAUCAAUGACACCUUCAAAAGUGCCAAUAAAACAAGAAUUUUCAAGUCCGCUACAACACUCCAUUAAAGACAAUUCAAUAACAAAAACUCCCACAAUUAAAACUGAAGACAAGCUAAACAAUAACAAUAAUAUUGAAACAAUUACUAGCAUUGCAACUGAAAAUGAAGUGAAAACAUCUGUGGAAGACUCACUGUGUAAAGAAAUAAAACAAAUUUCAGUUAAAGAGGAAACCCUUACAAUUGUUAGCAAAAUUGAGGAAAAUAAAUGUUUGAAAACAUCAAUGAAACCAAAUCAUAAUAAUAAUAAUAAUGAUAAUGAGGAUAAAGAAAACAACAAUACCAUUAACAGUUUAGCUGACAGCCCAUUAUUAAAUAAUUUUUCUAAAUUAACAGCUAAACCUCCCUCGCCUAUGCGUCCCUCACAAAGAUCAUUGAACAAACCCACAACAAAAUCAACUGCCCCACCAGCACGUUCCAUUUUAAGCAAACAGAAUGAUUUGCUUUUUAAGGAUUCUGGGAAAAAUGUAAAAUUUUCCUCGAAUGCAGAUAUUGUACACAAUUUAAGUCCUGACACACCAUCACCCUCUAAUCCUACUGCAAUAAAUUUGAAAAAUGAUGCCAAAUCUACCACUAGUAAAGUAAACAGCAAAAGUACUACUGUCAAGCAAUCUCGUACUAAGUCUAACAUUGUUGUGCGUCGUGUUGUCGUAAGUUCUAAGCAUGAUUAAUUGUAUAUUUUUAUUAUCUUAACAAUUUGUAUGUUUUUUUUAAUUAUAUGUAUUAGAAAUUUAUGUCGACGUUUUUUUAAUGAUUUGUUUAACUUUUUUUUAUUAUUACAUCAACUUAAACUAAAUUAAUUUUUUUAUCAAAUAUAAUAAAUUCAAUAACAUAAAAA